AUGCUAUUACAAACGACUCGUUGUCAAGCACAGCUACUCAAGCAUGUUGCACGUGCUUUUCGAAAUCCCAGAUUCUUAGCGACUUCCUCCGACUCAGGAUCUCUGCCGAUAGAGUUGUAUGACCUACGAGUGAAGCAAAACAGGCUUCGAGACGAUCCAUACCAGAGAAAAAUUAUCCUGAGCUUGUCGAUAUUGCAUGAAAAGCUUGAAAGCUAUGAACCUCCCCAGAUUGAGAAUCCAGAUGUGGAGAGUCUCAAACCUAAAAUAGGAAUCGCCAAAAUAUUUGAUUCGUUCCUCGGUUCCAAGAAGAAAGAAAUAAGCACUAUAGACAUCCCUGAAAACGAUAUUAAAGGAAUUUACUUGUGGGGAGAUGUGGGAUGUGGUAAAACCAUGCUCAUGGACCUUUUUUACCUGUCAGUGCCCCACCACCUUGCGAAAAAACGGUUCCACUUCCACCAGUUCAUGCAAAAUCUACACAAACGCUCCCACCAACUCAAAAUAGAACACAAACACAUGGAUCUAGAUGUCAUUCCUUUGUUGGCGGCCGAGAUUUCCCAACAAGCCACAGUCUUAUGUUUUGACGAGUUUCAGGUUACCGACGUUGCAGACGCGAUGUUGCUCAGAAGGCUCAUGACCUUGUUGAUGAGUCCCGAAUAUGGCGUCAUUUUGUUUGCCACGUCCAACAGAGCGCCUGAUGACUUGUACUUGAACGGUAUCCAAAGAGUCUCGUUUGUCCCGUGUAUCCAGCUUAUCAAGAAGCAAACACGUGUGAUUUAUUUAAACUCGCCUACCGAUUAUAGAAAAGUGCCUCGCCCCGUCUCCUCCGUCUACCACUAUCCUAAGCCAGGCGUCAAGUAUCACAGUAAGGUGAAUGCGGCUGCAUGCCGGAAGCAUAUCCUGCAAUGGUACGAUUACUUCAAUAGAGACGAUCAAAUGGAAGAAGCCAAGAUCAAUGAGGAGCUUACAGUGUGGGGCAGAAAGCUAAUAGUUCCAAAGAGUUCGCAUCCAUAUGUUGCACAGUUCACAUUUGAAGAGCUCUGCGGCCACAACCUUAGUGCAGGCGACUACUUGACAUUGGCCAACACGUACAAAGCAUUUAUUGUCACUGACAUUCCUUACUUGAGUAUAGAGGCAAGAAACGAGGUGCGUCGGUUCAUCACGUUCCUUGAUGCCGUGUAUGAUGCGCAUGACUGUUUGGCAACCACUGCUGCUGCGCCAUUCAAGGAUUUGUUUGUGGAGCCGGAAGACCUCCAGAAAGAUAACUUUGAGCUUUACCAGCGCCAAAAGAAUAAAGGCGCCGAAGAGACCUUCGAAGAUGAUGAGUUGGUGGUGCGCCAUGGCUUCGACAAGCUGAUAGCGAAGAAGGCAUCCAUGUUCGUCAACGACGAGGAGAAAUUUGCAUUUGCGCGUGCACUCAGUAGACUCACACAGAUGGGUACGACAGACUGGGUGGAGUCCAGUACCGGCGAUAUCUAG